AGCUUGGCGGGCUCUUCUAGCAAAGCCUAGCCAGACGAAAGCUUCUGGCGAUGGGAGAGGCCAAGCAGUUGAUCACCAAGGAGAACUUCACCCAGUGGACGAAGGACUGCGGUGUGAAGUGUAUCCAGAAGGAAUACGAUGACAUUGCGGUCUCGGCUGUGAAGAAUGGGAAGACCGUGCAGGAAGAGAUGCAAAGUCGAGGUUUCAAGGACUUCCAUCAGUUCAGCAAGCAGUGCCCGAAGUUCAAGAAGACCUGUUGGCCCAUCGAGUUCGCGGAGCUGGGCAGCGGAUAUGUCCUCUACUUCCAGUUUCUGGGCUUCCUCAUGAUCAUUUUCUUUGUUCAUCUAUGUUUGCAGGUGCCGUGCAUGGUGGUGUACUCCGGAUCCAGCAACCUGGUAGAUUGGUACUGGAACGAUUGGACGCAGGCAUAUGGCACGGACAGUACCCGGUGUGAUUGUGUUGGGAACUCGUCGGGAUAUGCUGCCACCUGCGGAACCUGGGACUACGACCUGUGCACCAACCAGAGCGAAUGCGCCUUCACAACCCCGGGGAAAUGGCUCUGUCAGAGCUGGUGCUAUGCUGGCAAGUACUGCCCCAAGACUGACAUGGAUGUGAGCGCCUCCAUGGUGAACCAGUACAUCCAAGAUGGAAGUGGCUGGGUGGUGAAGUCCUAUAGCUCCUGCACCCAGAAUGCCACGAUCAUUGCGAUGUGCGAGGCGGACUUCCGCUCCGGGAAUACGGCUUACAGCGGAUCUGAUCUUGCCAGUGAUGAGGGCAGCACCUGGAUCGGCACACAGUGGAUGUCACCGGGCAAUUUAGGCCCGGACGAGGCGACGAAUGUCAUCAUUCCAACCAUGUACACCGUGUGCGUGAUCAGCAUGUGCGUGCUGAUCCUCAUGGCGUAUAGUAGCCAGGUGCUCACAGACCACAAGGUGGAUGCUGGCACCGUCUCGCCCAACGACUUCGCCAUCAUGGUGAAGGGCUUGCCCUCGACUGCGACAGAUGAGGACAGUAUCCAGGAGUUCUUCAAAGAGCACGCGAUCAAGGGCAAGACCGACACCGAGAUCGUCAAAGUGGUCAUCGGCUGGGACGUGGAGGAGUGGCGAGAGAACAUUGCCCGGCUCAAGGAGCUCAAGAAGAAGCUGGACCAGACAGAUCGGACCACUCCCGAGGCCAAAGACAUCCAGAAAGAAAUGGUCCAGAUCACCGGUGCUCUCAAGUCCGCGGGCACCAAGGAUACCAAACUCCGCUCGAGUGGCGUGGUGGUGGUGCUCUUCCGCUAUCAGAGUGACAUGCGCGCAUGCUUGCGAAAGUGGGAUUCCUUUUGGGCCAAAUGGUUCAACUGUGAAUCGGAGAACAUCGGACUCCUUUGGAAGAACAAUGGUCUGUGCAAGGGCGCCGCCCUGCCACGCUUUCCGAUUGGCGGCCGACCGAUUGCCAAGUUGACUGUGGCCCGGGCGGCCAACCCUGGGGACAUCCACUGGGCGGAGCUGGCGGUGCCGCAGAGCGAGCGCAUCAAGAGGUUGGCCAUCACCAACGGCGUGAUGUUCCUGCUGAUCGCCGCCUGCUUCGGCGCGGUCUACGGCCUCCGCGUGGCCUCCAUGGCGGUCAAAGAAUCCGCAGGCUCCGGAGGCGUUUGGCUGUCGCUGUUGCCUGCCCUUGUGGUGGCUGUGGUGAAUGGCUUGCUGAUGGCCGCUGCCAGGAUGCUGGGUGACAAGGAAUUUCACGACACCUUGACGGAGCAGGAGUUUUCUCAGGCUGCCAAAAUGUCCGUCGGGAUGGUGGUGAACACUGCGGGUGUUCUCUACUUCAUCUAUGCCACACCCAAGGAAUGGUAUCAAGAUGGAGGUCUGGUGAAUGGCGCCUUCACGAUGCUGCUGAUCAAUGCCAUCAUCCCUCCGAUCAUCCCCUACUGCGAUUUCGGCUACCAGAUCCGAAAAACGCAGCGGAGCAAGCUCGAGGCGCGGCUGCCUUACUUCAAUGAAGUCCUUGGGCGCGGACCGAACCCCAAAGACAAGGAGCAGCAAGACGAGCUGAAGGCGGUGAAGGCGGAGAUCGAAGCCUUCAAGAGGGCGCAUGCGCCUGGGAGCAUGAACCCCACCAGGCGUUAUGCCACUGCCAUCAAGACCUUCGUGUGUUGCUUGCUCUACGAGCCAGUCUUCCCCAUGAUUUCCUUGGUGGGCCUCGUUGGUCUCUGUUUUCAAUAUUGGAUGGACAAGUACCUCCUGCUGGGCUGGUUUUCCAGGCCCAAGAGACCAUUGAACGCGGACAUCGCCAACUUCUUCGUGAGGUUUGUGAAGCUGGUGGGUCCUAUUGGCCUUUCGGUCUCCUUCUUCAUUUUUCUGACGCCUUCCUUUUCAGACAAGAAUGCAGUGCUUUCGCAGUUCAUCAUUUCCAUCGUCACCUCAUCGAUUUUCUCGUUAGUCUUCCCCCUCUCCGUAUGGAUUCGAUGUUGGUUGGGCCUGCCCUGCCAUGGGGAAUUCCAAGUGUUGGAGCAUGAGGACGACUAUUACCAGGCGCAGUACAUGUGGUCAAAAGAGAUGAAGUAUCACAAGGAUCAGUUCAUCUACAAGAACUUGCCAGAGGACAAGAACCCCGAGUUCUUGAAGCCUGGCACAAGCACUGCAGUCAGUGUCACGGACAUGAAGGCCAGCUACGGCGUCUCCGCGGCCGCAGUGGCAGAGGAUGCGGCCGAGGAUGUGGCCAAGGUGGCGCUCAAGGGUGGCCGUGUGGUGCCCACAGGGCCAGUGAUCGGCACGAUAGGAUCGCUUCCGGCCGGCCCUAGCCCCGCUGUGAUCGGCACCAGCACUGACCGGCCAGGUGUCACGACGGAGGAAGACAGCCCAAGUGUGCCUUUGGUGGUGGCCAGCGGUGGCGACCUGCCACACACCCCAGAGCCAGGUCGAACCGCCGGGCGCGUGGUCUGGGAGUUCGAAUGGAAGGGGCACUACUCGGCUUAUGAUGGAGAUUGCCAAGACUACAUGGAGAGGAAGUACCAGGAAUUUCAGUCUGGUAGUGGCAGGAAUCGGGUCAAUGUGAGGACUAAGGGUAUCCAGAUCUCCGUGGACUUUCAAAAGAUGACCAGCAAGAGAGAUGGAUCGGACCACAUCCAAAAGAUCAGGCGCAAGGAGAGCGAGUGAGAUGUGGUUCCGCCACUGGCAGUGGCGUGGUCUCAUGAAGUCGCAUCCCAAGAAAGUGCAAGCCAUAUCCUGGAGCCUGGACUCGGUUCCUGAUGCGAUGCCAUGUGGUCGCAGUGACCUCUGGCGGCAGAUUCCGGCAGACGUCGGCACUGCGCAGCGAGGGGUUGGUCGUAGCGAGUUGUGUUUCAGGUUCCCCAGACCUCGGGCUUUGUUGCGGGGUGUUCAGGCCCACUGCAGCGGCCGAAAGGCUCGGCCAUUCUCCUGUUGCUUCCCGGACCCGUGACCGAGACUGGAAACUUGAUGGUUUUUCU